GAAAAAAAAAAGAGAAAAAUCCAACUAGGCGGAGCCAUUCGCCCCGCACGAACUCCGAGGCGCACGACCAAAUGCGCGCCGCCGCCGCCGGCCGCAGCGUCCGCCUCCUCUAGGAGCGACGGCCACCACCGCCGUAUGAGCCUGUAGCCCGGCGCCGAGGUCCGCGAGCUUUUGCUUUGGGGGGUGGGAGCUAAGCUUUGCUCCCCCCUGUGCGUGCGGGCGGGGGGGAGCGGGGAUGAAGGGCCAGGGUGGCGGCGCGGGGGCCCCGGCGAAGAGGCGGUGGAGGAGCGUGGCGGCCGCGGCCGCCGCGCUGGCGCUGCUGUUCCUCUCCGUCGGCGUGCCGCUCGCCGUGCUGCUCGGCCUCCACCAGCGCUUCCCGUCCAUGUAUUUGGCCGACGAGAGCGCCGUGUCGGUGUUUGGCGGCAGCGAGGGUGGUGGUUGGGAGCCAAAUACAUCGCAGGAAAAUGACAGGCUGCCAGUCAACGACACGAACAAAUUUCCGCCAUCGAUUGAAAAGGACUGGAGCAAAACAAAUACCGGUAAUUCUGAUGCAGAAAGCAAUGGGACCAACAAUCAACCAAGUAUUGACAAACCGAUUAGCAAUACCUCAAUCCAUCCAGGCCUUCCUAUCAAACAAAUCGUGAUCUUUGAUGAUAUAUCAUUACUGAGUAAUACUGAUGCUGAUCCUAAGGACAAUUUUGAACAAGGUUUACCUGGUGAUGAGAGUAUAAAAUCGUGCCAACUAGAAUUUGGAAGCUAUUGUGUUUGGUCUGUUGAACACAAGGAAGUGAUGAAAGAUUCUGUAGUGAAGAGACUUAAAGACCAGCUCUUUGUUGCAAGAGCUUACUAUCCAAGCAUAGCAAAACUUGAGGGGAUGGAAAAACUUUCACAUGAAAUGAAGCAAAGUAUCCAAGAGCAUGAGCACAUGCUCAGCGAAGCCAUAUGUGAUGCUGAUCUUCCUGCAUUCCAUGGAGCCAAUAUGGCAAAGAUGGAGAAGACAAUAGCUGCAGCAAAAUCAUGUCUGAUAGAAUGCACUAAUUUUGAGAAAAAACUGAGGCAAUUGCUUGAUAUGACUGAGGAUGAAGCUCAUUUUCAUGCAAGACAAGGUGCAUAUCUUUACCGGCUUGGAGUUCAGACAUUACCUAAGAGCCUCCACUGCCUUUCAAUGAGAUUGACAGUAGACUACUUUAAAUCCUUUGCUGACAUGGAGUACUCCAAUGUGCAAAAGCUUGAAAAUCCAGUUCUCCGGCACUAUGUUAUUUUCUCUACCAACCUUCUUGCAUCUUCCAUGACUGUCAACUCGACUGUGAUAAAUUCUGAGGAAUCAGCAAAUGUGGUUUUUCAUCUUGUUACUGAUGCACAGAACUUUUAUGCAUUUAAGAAUUGGUUCAUUAGAAAUUCUUACAAGGAAGCCACUAUCGGUGUUCUGAAUUUUGAAGAUUUCCAAGCAACACAUUUGGAUAAUAGGAGAGUUGAACACUUAUCACCAUAUGAGGAGUUCCGCAUCGCUUCCCAUAGCAAUGCCCGAAUUCCAAAUACCCAAAUGAGAACUGAAUAUAUUUCAGUGUUUGGACACUCUCUUUUCUUGCUUCCUGAGCUGUUUAGCAAUCUUAAACGGGUGAUUGUUUUGGAAGAUGAUACUAUAGUCCAGAGAGACUUGUCACACAUAUGGAAUCUUGAUUUGAAAGGAAAAGUGAUUGGUGCUGUACAGUCUUGUCGAGUUAGAUUAAGGCAUCUCAGACCAUACUUGGUUGACUUCCCAUAUGAUGCUAGUUCAUGUAUCUGGAUGUCUGGAGUGAGUGUUAUUGAUCUCAAUAAAUGGAGGGAGCAUGAUGUGACUGCAGUUCGUAAUCGAGUACUCCAAAAGCUGCAACAUGGCCCUGAAGCGUCAUGGAGAGCUGCGGUGUUACCUGCAGGCCUGCUUGCUUUUCAAAAUCUGGUCCAUCCUAUUGAAGCACAGUGGAUCCAGUCUGGUCUUGGUCAUGACUAUGGAGUCAAUCAUGGUGCUAUAAAGAAAGCUGGCAUAUUGCACUACAACGGCAACAUGAAACCGUGGUUAGAACUCGGCAUACGGCGAUACAGGAAAUAUUGGAGAAGGUACCUGCCAAGGGAUGAUCCAUUCUUGAUAGAUUGCAAUGUGAAUCCAUGAACAAGGCAAUUUUGUUAGUCCUGGAGUCCGGAAGUCCAUGUUCGACGAACAGCACCACCUUGUGCGAUAGCGAGAGUUCACUGUAUGCGGGAAAUUUGAUGAGAGGAGAGGGGCUUCAGUGAGCACCGCCCAAACUACUGAGGAUCUUUCAGGAUGCUGCUGAGAUAUGAAGUAAAAUUGAUUUUUUUUUGCAAACUGGUCGUCUACCGUGGUAUGUUGAGUAGUAGUUCCAUUUGUUCAUUGAUCAAUGUACAGUGAGGAUUGGACAGAUGCUGAUUCGUACACCAGCAUCACAAAAUGGGUGAGGGUGUUGUAGUUUAGGAGAGCCUUUUGGGGCUUGUAGAUUCAGUAGAUUAGGAUCAUGGGGCAUUAACCCAAAAAAAAUACUGCAUAUAUUCUGUGCCCGUUCUGUUGAAACCAUGCUUGGAAUUCGUUGACUUUGAUAGUACUCAUACCCUUGCAAUGGUGCAAUAUUCAUCAUCUUUCUCUAAA